CAAGGCCUUAGUUGUAGCUUUGCUUGUGAAGCAGAUUCACUUGAGAGGUAAAAGCUGUUUUUUUUUUGUUGUUUGGUAGUUUAGAAAGGGUAAAAUAUCCAUAAUACCCUCAUUCCUUUUCCUUUUUCCUUUUUUCUCUUUUCUUUUUUUUCUUUCCCUAUACCUUAUCCGGUCCCUCGCGUUGCAACCGCACGGCCCCGCACGCGUUCGCUCGCGUCUUCAACCUCUGGAAGCCGAGCUCCUAUCCCGCCGCCGCCUGCGCCUGGAAGCGCUCCCGGCCACGGGCCACCGGAGGCGCCGCGGCUCCCUCCUCCGCGCGCCCUCCGUCCCGCACCUCCCCGCGCUCCUCCGCCCGGAAGCCGGCGUCCGACGGACCCGCGCCGCCCGCCCCCGACGGCCUCGCGCACAGAGCUCCGGCGACCUCGCGCCCGCACGGCUCGGUCGGGGCAAAAACGCCCAUCGCCCUGCGCGGGGCCCACGGCAACCGAGCGGAGCUGGGAGAAGCUCGUCCACACGGAGGUGUACGGGCACUUAAGCGUGACAAAAAGUCUCCUUCCUCGGUGUUCCUCUUUCUCCUACCGCUUGCUGGCUUCCCAGCUUCCGCUCCAAUGGCGUCUCUUCUCUUCGUCCCACGCCCCACCCGGAGCGCAUGCGCGAAGACCGGACCCAGUGCCACUCACAAGCCUAGGCGCGUCUCCAUCACCUGCGGGCCGCGCGACAACCGCGGGCCACUCCAGCGCGGCCGCUCCCUCUCCACGGAGGCCAUCCUGGCGAUCCAAUCCCUAAAGCGCCUGACCUCCGCGGACCGCUCGCCGGCAGCUGCCACCGCCGCCGCCGCCACCGCCCUGGGCCGCCUCCUCAAGGCGGACCUCGUGGCCGCCAUGGCCGAGCUCCAGCGGCAGGGCCACUGGUCCCUGGCCCUCGCCGUGCUUCACGUCGCCCGUGCGGAGCCCUGGUACCGCCCGGACCCGGCGCUCUACGCCACCUUCGUCUCCUCCGCGCCAACCUCCUCGCCCUCCGGCGAGGCCGAGGCCGCCGUGGACGCGCUCGUGGAGGCGUUCCUGGAGGAGAAGGCGCGCGGCGGCGGGUUCGUGGACGGGGAGGAGGACGUGUACAAGCUCACGAGGCUGCUGCGCGCGCUGGUGGCCAAGGCCAGGGGCCGCGCGGCGUGGAAGGUAUAUGAGGCGGCCGUGAGGAAGGGAGGCCUCGACGUCGACGAGUACGUGUACAGGGUGAUGGCGCGGGGGAUGAAGCGGCUGGGGCUCCACGAGGAGGCGGCGGAGGUGGAGGCCGACUUCGCCGAGUGGGAGGCCACGGUCUCGCCGCCCGCCAGGGACGUGCUCGACGAAAUGCGAGCGAGAGACGAGAGCAAGACGACUGCCUCUGCCACUUAGUCCGCCAGGGAUUUUUCUUUUUUAUGGUUUUGUUUAGAUUUGAGAAGUUUUUGUAUUUUGACACUGUAGCAUUUUUGUUUUUAUUUGAUAAAUAUUGUCUAA